CUGAAAUUCUUCAUUCUUUAAAAAUUAAAAAAAGAAAAGAAAAAAAAUCCUCCAUAUCUGUAAUUAGUCAUCUUCUUCUAAUUCUUCAACGCUUUCAUUACUAAUAAAUACCAAAACAAAAGAAAACCAACAAAACAAAACAGCAUUUCCCAGAUGGUGAAAGACGCGGGCACCACUGGGGAUAAUGCUGGUGAUGGUGCUGCUGCUGAUGAUGGUGAUGUCCCCGACUUGGAAAAGGGUACUGACCAUAAUACAGCUGUGACGGUGGACUCCGGCGGCGAUCAUGGUGAUCACACCUCAGUCACCGUCGUGGUUUCUAGUGGGGAUUCACUCACAACCACUCCCCAACCAGAGCCAGAGCUGUCGGCAACCGACACCUCUAAGCAAGAACUGCCGACUCCCGUGUCUCCUAAGAAGCCAUAUUUGACUAGGACUACAAGUUCUCCUGAGCAAUGCAGAGUUUGUCAGCAGGAGAAGGAGGAAGUUCUAAUAGAGCUUGGGUGCCACUGUCGAGGUGGUCUUGCAAAAGCCCACAGGUCAUGCAUAGAUACUUGGUUUUGUUCCAAAGGAUCAAACAAAUGCGAGAUUUGCCAAGAGGUAGCUACAAAUGUGCCACCUCCAGAUUCCCAGCCCAGUCAGACAAAUUACUGGGUUUGGAGGAUUGAAAACUAUAGACUUCAAAAUCAUCAAAGGGGAUGUAUUAGUCCACUUUGGGUGGCAUUUGCAAUCCUCAUUGGUGGUCUCCUGUUGGAUGUGCUAAUUUCCAUUACCCUUGGUGUCUCUGCACUGCCUAUCAACAUUAUAAUCGGUGUUAUUGUUGUGCUUGGACUUGGAACUGCACUGCGACUUGCACUGGAAUUCGUUCAUGAGUGGCAUUUGAGAAGAGCUGUGCAAAGUAUUGAAACAAAUGGGAAUCUUGGUUACCAUCCCACCUUGUAGGUAAAACUAUGUAUGAUAAUAUUUACAAGUAAACUCUUUAAUUUAUUGUUUACUGUUUAUAAGUGUUCAUGAUGUUUUUUCUAUUUGUGAGGGAACCUCUGUUUCUUGCCUUUUAGUUUGAUACCCAUGAUGCACUGGACAACAUUAUUUGUUGUUGAAUUUAUUAAGAACCUUAGCAUUUGAGUUUGAGAUAAAUCUACUUUCUUUUUAAGUUUUAA